AUGCAUCCUAGAAGCGUAUUUAAUUCUGAACCUGAUUUUAAGCAAUUAGCUGAAGAAUUUGAAAGUUUUAAGAAAUAUGUUAAAAUAGGUACUAAUAAUAGAGGUUAUAUCGACUUUAAAGAUCCACAAGCUGUGGAUUUUCCUAUCGACACUUUAUGUCCAGCAGUACCUAAUAGAUUGAAUUAUAUUCUAUGGUUAGAGGAUCUAUUAGAUGACACAUUAUCGAAGGAAGAAAAAAAAUGUAUUAAAGGCAUUGACAUUGGCGUUGGUGCAUCGUGCAUUUACCCAUUACUAGGAUGCAUUACAAACCCAUCUUGGUCUUUUUUGGGUACUGAGAUCAAUGAAAGAUCGAUUCAAUAUGCAAAUGAAAACAUAAAAAGGAACAAUUUGGAAACUCGAAUCACAAUUAAACAUAAUCCGAACGCAAAUAAAAUAUUUUUACCUUCAUUAUUAGAAGAUGAUGUUAAGAAUUAUGCGUUUUGUAUGUGUAAUCCUCCUUUCUACAGUAGCCAAGAAGAAAUUGAAUUAGGCUUACUUAAUAAAGAAAUAGAACCGUCUUCAAUUUGUACGGGAUCUAACAACGAAAUGAUCACAGAGGGUGGAGAAUUUGGCUUCGUUAAAUCAAUGAUUUUGGAAAGUGUAAUAUUAAAAAAGAAAAUAAGAUGGUAUACAAGUAUGAUUGGACUAAAACGAACAAUUCGACCUCUAAUACGAGUACUUGAAGAUCAGCAAAUUUAUAAUUAUGCAGUAACAAGCUUUACACAGGGUAAAACAGUACGAUGGGCUAUUGCUUGGUCUUUUUAUUUAGAGCGUCCAAUAUCGGCCUAUACAAUUGAAUCAUGGAAUCCUGUUUAUCAAUUUCAAAUCAAGCUACCCAAGGAUAUUAAUCAUAUAUUUGAAGGCAUCAAACAUAUCCUUGAUGAUUUAGAAAUAAAAUAUGAUAAAAUAGAACAAGAUAGCACAAAGACUAUCAUUCUUCAUUGCAAUGCAGAGAAGAAUACUUGGUCAAGGGCAGCUAGGAGACAAAAAGCGAAAAAACAAAAACUGUCACAUUAUCAAGAAGAAGAAAAAGAAAAAGCAACCAAUAGCCCUUUUUUCAUAUUUAAAUUAAUUAUCUCUGCUUCCAGUCAACAAACGGAAAGUAAUUUUCAAAUUGUUUGGAUUGAAGGAGGUCAUAAAGCUCAAUUUGAAGGGUUUUGGUCACAUUUAAAAAAGAGAAUCGAGGAACAUUGUGGUAUACAUAAAGGAACUAGUUUUUCAUCAAAAUAA